UUUCGAGCCGCUUGGUUCCGUGGGAGAGAGUAGCUUAGCCAGAGCGAGCGGUCAGCAUGAGAGAGAUCGUGCACCUGCAGGCCGGACAGUGCGGCAACCAGAUCGGAGCUAAGUUCUGGGAAGUUAUCAGUGAUGAACAUGGUAUUGAUCCCACUGGAACGUAUCAUGGAGACAGCGAUCUUCAGCUGGAGAGAAUUAAUGUUUAUUACAAUGAGGCGACAGGUGGCAAGUAUGUGCCUCGUGCAGUUCUCAUGGAUCUAGAGCCUGGUACCAUGGACUCUGUCCGUUCUGGACCCUUUGGGCAGAUUUUUCGACCAGAUAACUUUGUGUUUGGUCAGAGUGGUGCUGGUAAUAAUUGGGCCAAAGGACAUUACACUGAAGGCGCUGAAUUGGUUGACUCUGUCCUGGAUGUAGUGAGGAAGGAGGCUGAAAGCUGUGAUUGUCUCCAGGGCUUCCAGCUCACCCACUCACUGGGUGGUGGCACUGGUGCUGGUAUGGGCACACUUCUCAUUAGCAAGAUCCGUGAAGAAUAUCCUGACAGAAUCAUGAACACUUUUAGUAUCGUGCCAUCACCCAAAGUGUCAGACACUGUAGUUGAGCCUUAUAAUGCCACACUGUCUGUGCACCAGCUUGUAGAGAACACUGACGAAACCUACUGUAUUGAUAAUGAGGCCCUGUAUGACAUUUGUUUCCGUACACUCAAGUUGACAACUCCCACUUACGGUGAUCUGAACCACCUUGUGUCAGCCACCAUGAGUGGUGUGACAACCUGCCUGCGUUUCCCUGGACAGCUCAAUGCUGACCUACGUAAACUGGCUGUGAACAUGGUGCCCUUCCCCCGGCUGCACUUUUUUGUCCCAGGCUUUACUCCUCUAACCAGCCGUGGAAGCCAGCAGUACCGUGCCCUCACAGUGCCUGAGCUCACCCAACAGAUGUUUGAUGCUAAGAACAUGAUGGCUGCCUGUGACCCACGACACGGGCGCUAUCUUACUGUUGCUGCCGUUUUCCGAGGCCGUAUGUCCAUGAAAGAGGUGGAUGAGCAGAUGCUCAAUGUACAGAACAAAAAUAGCACCUAUUUUGUGGAAUGGAUCCCCAACAAUGUCAAGACAGCUGUCUGUGACAUCCCACCCAGAGGCCUCAAGAUGUCUGCCACCUUCAUCGGCAACACCACAGCCAUCCAGGAGCUGUUUAAACGCAUCUCUGAGCAGUUCACAGCCAUGUUCCGGAGGAAAGCUUUCCUGCAUUGGUACACUGGUGAGGGCAUGGAAGAGACAGAAUUUACUGAGGCUGAGAGCAACAUGAAUGAUCUGGUGUCAGAGUACCAGCAAUACCAGGAUGCCACAUCUGGAGAGGAGGCUGAAGAGGAAGAAGCAGGUGGAGAAGAAGCCGCGUAACAUGUAUUGUGUACACUAUAUUCGGAGCUUCAGAUGUGCAUUAUUAAAUUCCCAUUCCACACUUUCUUGUUUUCAUAUUGAAUGCUACUUUUUAAAGAGAAUAAAUUUAAAUGAUUUCAUCAGC